UCACAACUCCAAAAUACUAAUAUAAUAGACUUAUCUACUAAUCUACUAUAUCCAUUCUACGUCCACGGCCGCUUUAAAUAGAUCUACUAUACUGGCAAGCUUCGUGGAUUAAGGUCUAUCUACGUUACUGCUCCCGCUCGUGGAUUUAGUGGAGUGGUUUGCAACCCUGAAGGGGAGAGCUUCCCGACGCGCCAGCAUGCCCAAUUCGCGAAGGCUCACAGAAUUAGAGGAGAAGACAAUUAUUGAAUAUUGGGAGAAUACACAAUUUUUCACCCUAAUAUUUGACAAAUAUGUCCUCGACCUAGAUGCGCGAUCAUUUCCUCCCCCGCUUUGCGAUAUAGAAGAUAUGGCUAAUUGACUGCUUGCCGACCGCGAUGCGCCUCCAGUCGGCAAGUGCUGGGCCUCGAACUUUAUUAAAACGCGUUUUACGCGUAGGUAUAACUAUCAGAGGGCCGAAUAUAAAGAUUCCAAUAUUAUUUGGGGCUGGUUUUAGCUUAUACGGAAUAUAAUUGCAAAAUAUAGUAUCUAGGAGUUAGAUAUCUAUAACUUUAAUAAGACUGCUUUAUAAUAGGUAUUAUAUUAACUGGAAUAGUCGUUACUAUAAUCCAGGGCGUUAAUUCCCAAGGGUGGGCGAUCCCGCUGUUUAUUAUUAUUACAGGUUAAUAUCACCUUGCAGCCUGGUAUAAUAAAAGAACUCUACUAUAAGACUGGGUUAUUGCAACCUCGGAUAAUAGCUAGACAAUAAAUAAGAGAGGCCUAAAAUAGAUCCGAUAUUUCGAUAAGUAUUUAAAGACGCAUUCGUCCGGCUCAUAUCGUCUCCUUAUCCUAGAUAGGUACUAGAGCCACUAUUCGACCGAAUUCGAACUAUUCUAUAAGAAUAAUAAUAUUAUUAUUCUAUAUAUGCCGCUAUACUUAUCUUAUAUCCUCCAGCUACUUGAUAUUAGCUGCUUUAGGCCGCUCAAGUAGGCCUACAGUUGAUAAAUUGAGAAUAUAAUAAAGGCCCGAAUUACGCAUAUUAUAAAGGUUGACUUCUUUCCUGUAUUUAAAGCGGCAUUCCAAAGCGCAAUAUCGGAAAAAAAUAUCCAGGAAGGUUUCAGAGAUACAGAACUUAUUCCCUAUAAUCCAGAAAUGUGCUUUUUCGCUUGGAUAUAAGGCUGCGGACUCCGUCGCCUGCGGAGGGGGAUUCCGAACUGCCCAGCAUCUGGGUUCCAAAGACCCCAAAUAACCCAAUCGAAAGGUACUUCGCAGACUGAUUUUCUUAAGACUCGAAUCAGCCGUUAUCAGGGUAGCUCUUCGAUAUCGAUUUUGGCUGCUAUGGAUUAAUUUGCAAAGGGGGCGCGAGGAAUAAUAUACCAGUUAGUAUUAUUGAAGGCUGAGAAUAAGGACCUUCGGGAGGCAAAUAGGACACUUAGCAAGCGGCGUAGAGCAAAGAAAAUACGUCUUUGACUUUUAGGAAGCAUGACAGUAGGUGAGGGUAAAGAGCUGCAAGAUCAGAAGGAAAUUGCUGAGCAGUUAUAUAAGGAAAUACAGCAAAGUGGUAGUCGGCAGAGGCGGACGGAGAUGAAGUAACGGCGAUGUGGCACAUGCAGGAGACCCGGCUAUAAUACGCGCACUUUCCAGGCUGAUGUAGAAAUGUCUGAGAAAGAGGAUAGCGAU